AUGUCGGACAUGAAGGCACAAGAGGAGGUGCAUGGCAUAUCUUCUGCCUUGGAAAACGAGACCCAUGUUACUGCUGGCUUUGGUCAAACUACCAAACGUGCGGGUGCGAAGACCAAAGAAGUCCACAAUGCCGAUCUGUUCGCUGCUAUUGAGGAAACCAAAAUCGAAAGAUGGAGCAAAGAAUCGAUCCAUUUGUACUUCUGUAUUUUUGUUGCUUUCUGCUGCGCCUGCGCCAACGGUUAUGAUGGAUCGUUGAUGGGAUCGAUUCUUGCCAUGGACCACUACCAGGAAGUCUUCAAUACGGGAAUGGAUGGACCCAAGGUCUCUCUUGUUACGUCUUUAUACACAGUCGGUUCUAUCGUCGCCACCCCAUUCAGUGCUGUCAUCUCCGACAAGCUUGGCCGUCGCAAGUGCAUGUUCGUUGGUGGAUGGAUUAUCAUUAUUGGCUCUAUUAUCAUCGCCACUGGAAUGACCCUGCCUCAAUUCGUUGUCGGUCGGUUCGUCUUGGGUGUUGGAAUCCAGGUUAUGAUCGUCUCAGCCCCGGCAUAUGCCGUCGAGAUUGCGCCGCCCCACUGGCGUGGUCGGGCAGUCGGAUUCUACAACUGCGGUUGGUUCGGAGGUUCCAUUCCAGCUGCUGCCAUCACAUACGGCUGCAAUUACAUUGGUAGUAACUACCAGUGGCGAAUUCCUUUCAUCUGCCAGUGCUUUGCUUGUGUCAUUGUCAUUUGCUCUGUCUGGUUCAUCCCCGAGUCACCUCGUUGGCUCAUGACCCAAGGUCGCAAUGAAGAGGCCAUUGCGUUUUUGGUCAAGUACCACGGUAACGGCGACCCCAACGCACGAUUGGUCCUUCUUGAGGUUGAGGAGAUGAGGGAGGGUAUCCGCAUCGAUGGUAUCGACAAGAGAUGGUGGGAUUACCGACCUUUCGUUACUACACACAGCGGUCGCUGGCGUUUCGCCCAAGUUAUGAUGAUCUCGAUCUUUGGACAGUGGUCCGGUAACGGACUUGGCUACUUCAACGCCACUAUCUACAAGGUUAUUGGAUACGAGCAGAGCUCUACACAGCUGUUGCUCAACCUUGUCAACUCUAUCGUCUCUGCCAUCGGAGCUCUCACUGCUGUGCACUUGACUGACAGGAUGCGUCGUCGUCCUGUUCUUAUCUUCGGUACUUUGGCCUGCGCCGUAACUCUGGCCAUCAACGCCGGUAUCUUGCAAGAGGUUGCCAACACCGGACACAUUGCCAAGACCAAGGGCCAGGCUGCUCUUGCUUUCUACUACCUUUUCAACGUUGUCUUCUCAUUCACCUACACUCCACUCCAGGGUGUCAUCCCAGCAGAAGCCCUCGAAACCACAACUCGUGCCAAGGGACUGGCACUCUCCGGAUUCAUGGUCAGCAGCAUCAGUUUCAUCAGUCAGUUUGCGACACCCAUCGGUUUGCAGAAUAUCUCGACCAAUUAUUUCUGGAUCUUCGUCGGCUGGGAUGUGCUCGAAUCCAUUUUCUGGUACUUCUUCUGUGUCGAGUCUCAGGGUCGUACUCUGGAAGAGUUGGAGUGGGUAUACCAGCAGCCCAACCCCGUCAAGGCAUCCCAGAACGUGGACAGGAUUGUUGUCCAGAGCGAUGGAACUGUCACGGAAAAGAUCGAAGAUGGUGCUUGA